GCUCAAGGGAAAACGUCACAAGCAAAAAAAAAGAUGGAGUUUGAACCAAAAACGCCCCAGUAUAGCACCGGGGAUGCGACAUCCUUCGCCUAUGUAUCCGCUCGCGAACGCUGGCCGGUCAUCAUCACGCAAGGAAUUGAUGACGUUCACCGAUCCAUCUGGGCCUCAGAAGACGAGGAACUGAUCAGAGAGGGGAAAUGGAUCGUCUCCGAGCUCGCGAGGCUGAAAUACGAACUACAACAUGACCGCAAACUUUCGCCCAUACCAGAUGAUGGUGAAGGGGAUAUUGCAGCGUACAACAAGGAAUUAGAGGCUCUAGGGAACCCGAAGUGGCAUUUUGUACCAUGGCUGUACUCAGAAUGCUACCUUUACAGACGCAUAUCGAGCAUUUUCAAACACACGCAAAAAUGGAAGUCGUACGAUCUCUUUGCUCGCCAGAAGAUGUCCACCUUCAAAUCCUCUCGACCUGCUGUCCUUGAGCUAGCGGCCCGGUAUAAAGACAUCGUGACGGAGCUGGAAUCAAAGCACACGCUGAAAGGGGUCCAUAAUCAGGAGGAGUUGGAGGAAGCGGAGAAGAUCCUGUUCACGGAAAUGUGCGAGAUCUGCCUAUGGGGCAACGCGACCGAUCUGUCUCUCCUGACAAAUCUCUCGUACGAAGACAUACAGAAGCUCCAAGGUUCAGAGGCUCGCAAAGCGUCGGAAAAGAACAUCAUCGUCAACCACUUGGGCAAGGCGUUCGAUGUUCUUACCGCUGCUCAGAGAUCGGGCAAGAAGGAGCGAAGAGUGGACAUCGUCCUCGACAAUGCUGGUUUCGAGCUUUUCGUCGACCUCAUCUUAGCUGGGUACCUGCUCGCUGCUGGCCUGGCCACCACAAUCGUCCUUCACCCGAAAUCCAUUCCCUGGUUUGUCUCCGAUGUCCUGCCUCAGGAUUUCGCUGCUCUUAUAUCCGCACUGGCGGAUCCCCAGAAGUUUUACAGUACCCUCUCGGAUGAUGACAAGCACUCCGGCUCCGCUCCGUCUCCUUUGUCCGAGCCCGAGGUUUCCAAUCUCAAAUUCCUCUUUGAGCAUUGGAGUCGGUUCCACGCAGAGGGACAGCUUGUACUUCGCCCCAACACCUUCUGGACCGCCGGAGGAAGCUUUUGGAGGCUACCCAAGACCGAGCCCAGCUUGCUGGAGGAUCUGAAGGAGAGCGAACUCGUUAUCUUUAAGGGCGAUCUGAAUUACAGAAAAUUGACUGCCGAUGCGGCCUGGCCAGCAACGACCCCCUUCGCAGAAGCAAUUGGGCCGCUGGGACCGGGUUCAGGUAUCCGCGUCCUUGCGUUGCGGACUUGCAAAGCCGAUGUUGUGGUCGGACUUCCUGAGGGCGAGGACGAGAGGAUCAAGGCUACGGAGGGAGGUGGGGGUGAUAGCGGAGCGAGGAAGUGGGCCUGGAGUGGUAAGUGGGCGGUUGUGCAGUUCUCGGAUGGGAAGGCUUGAGGUAUUAGCUGGUUAUGCGGGUGCUUGAUAGCCUACUGGCCUCACGAAAAGCCGGGUGGUAAGAUGCUGGGGCAUGGAAAUUGUGGUAUAGAGAAUUUGUGGCAUGGAGCGUGUUUGUUCCUUUUUCAAGAUUCCAAGAGCUUUGUCAGACGUAGCAUGGUUGGAUUCAGUAUCAUUGGCAAGGAGCGCCUAGAGGGGGAGUGGAAGAUGAAUGAUAACCAGAGGACGCACAGUAGAAUAAACAGAAGUUAAGGUCUAGCACGAAAUACGUGUAACCGGG